AUGGGUGAGGUUGAAGACCCUCUUCUACUCAACGAUUUGGCCCUCGCCGAUUCAUUCAUCAAUUUCGACUAUGUGCCAGACUUGCCCGACCCGAUCGCUGUCGGGCCCGGGUCGGAACACUGUAAUAGUAUUGACGAAGCAAUUGAGAAAAUCAACUUAAUUGAAAUUGGGGAAAAAGGAAAUAAUGAUGAUGUUAGGGUUGAGAAUGAGAUAACUGAUGAUGCUGAGAGCGAAAGCUCUGAGUCUGAGAGCGAUAGUUCCACCUCCACAACCAACAGGGAUAGUGAUGAGAAUGAGGUACUUGAAGAAGGCGAGAUUGUAGAUUCUGAUGAUAAUGAUGAUGAUGACGAUGACGACGACAAUUGUGCUGCAGAAAGACCCGAUAAAUCAAAGAACGAGCUUGAGAUUCUUCCUUUAGUUCCUGCUGUGAAUGUGGCCUUAGAACCACACCAUGAAAUGCUGCCAGUGGGAGUUGUUAUGUCGAUUCUUGGUGCUCGAGUCAUUGUGGAAGCGGUGGAGAAGCAUGACCCACUUAAUGAGGGUUCUAUUCUGUGGAUGACUGAAAGCCGAACCCCAGUAGGAUUAAUUGAUGAGAUCUUUGGACCCGUAAAAUAUCCUUAUUACAUUGUGAGGUAUAGUUCUGAAAAUGAAGUCCCUGAAGGGCUUCGCACGGGAACUUUGAUCUCUUUUGUUCCUGAAUUUGCCAAUUAUGUGCUGAAUAACAAGGAUCUUUACAAGAAAGGAUAUGAUGCAUCUGGGUUGAAUGAUGAAGAAGUGUCCGAUGAAGCAGAAUUUUCAGAUGAUGAGAAAGAGGCUGAAUACAAGAGAAUGCAAACAAUGACAAAGAGAAGCAUACAUCAUCAAAAUCCUGGGAAAAAGGAUAACAGCAGAAAGAAAGUUCCACCAAAAGAUGGUUUCGUGCCUGCAUUCCCUACUGCACCUGCUUCAUCAUUGCUUGAUCUGCCUCUACUCCCUGUUGCACCUGCUACAUCAUUGCAUGAUCAUGGACACUGUUCACCAUUUUCAGGCAUACGACAAGGCCUUUGUGGGGAGACUAACAUAGUUCCCCCAUUUCCUCCAGUAAUUGCUGGUCCUAACUUAACUACAAGCGGAAUUUGGACAAAUGGGACAACUCUGCCGCUGCAACACUCUGCAGUGCUUUCUAAUGGAUUUCCUGCUAAUGGGGUAUCAUGGUACCUAAACAAUGCUCAGUUUUCUCAUCAGUUGCCUGUCCCGGCAAUUCCAUUUCAACAACAGUUAGGUCCCAGUCACGGGUUUCCUCCUGCCACUAUAUUUCCUGCUGUACAGCCCAACAAUAUGUGUGCACAACUCAUGCAUGGACAAAGGCCUGUGGAUCAUAACCAAAUAACAUUUGAGUUGAACUCACCAUUUUUCCAAAUCCAGCCACCUAUAAAUUUGCUAAAUAGUUCUUUUCCUAGCAAUCAGCAUGCUCCCCCUCAAUUUAAUCCAGGUGCAAAUGCUAACCAUGGGAGAAAAUCAUUUCAUCGAGGGUGUAGGAAAGGUUGGCAACCAGCCAAAUGA